AUGGAUGCUGUCGAACUCAAAAACCAAGGCAACAAAGCCUUUCAGUCAGGAGACUACCCUAGCGCAGUCGACCUUUAUACUCAGGCUAUCGAAAAGAACGACAAGGAGCCUACUUUCUUCACCAACCGAGCCCAGGCAUACAUCAAAACUGAAGCUUAUGGAUAUGCCGUCGCUGAUGCCACAAAAGCUAUUGAGCUUAACCCAAAGCUUGUCAAGGCGUUUUACCGACGAGGUCUAGCUAAGACUGCGAUCCUACGACCCAAGGAGGCUAUCGAUGAUUUCAAGACGUGUGUUACUCUCGAUCCCAACAACAAAGAUGCCAGGCUCAAGUUGGAAGAGUGCAAGAAGAUUGUCAGGCAGCUGGCUUUCUUUGCUGCUAUCGAGGUUGGUGAUGAGCCUUCAGCAGCCGAGGGUCUCGAUCUGGACUCGAUGGUUGUUGAGCCGGGAUACGAUGGCGUGCGACUAGGCGAGGAGAUGACACAAGAAUUCAUCGACGACAUGAUCGAGCGUUUCAAGAACGGCAAGAAGAUUCACCGAAAAUACGUCUACCAGAUUCUUCUUGCCGUUAAGAAGAUCGUCUACGAUGAACCUACAAUGGUUGAGGUGGAGAUUCCUAGCGAUGUCAAGCUUACUGUCUGUGGUGACACUCACGGUCAAUACUUCGAUCUUAUGGAGUUGUUCCGCCGCAACGGCACUCCUGACGAGAAGCAUUGGUAUCUGUUUAACGGUGACUUUGUGGAUCGAGGUUCCUGGUCAACUGAGAUCGCCCUGCUUUUGUAUGCUUACAAGUGGCUACGACCUAAGCAGUUCUUCCUGAACCGUGGAAACCACGAGACAGACGACAUGAACCGGGUCUAUGGUUUCGAGGGCGAAUGCAAGGCCAAGUACAACGAGCGAGUCUUCAAGUUAUUCUCCGAGAGUUUCUCUGCUUUGGCUCUGGCUACACUCAUUGGCAAGAAGUACCUUGUUCUUCAUGGAGGUCUCUUCUCAGAUGACAGUGUCACUCUUGACGAUAUCCGAAAAUUGAACCGACACGGCCAGCGACAACCCGGACAGGCUGGCUUGAUGAUGGAGAUGCUUUGGACCGAUCCCCAGGAGGAGAAUGGCCGGGGUCCUAGUAAGCGUGGUGUCGGCAUGCAGUUCGGUCCCGACAUUACCAAGAAGUUCUGUGAGAAGAACGGUCUUGAGGCUGUUAUUCGAAGUCACGAGGUUCGCAUGGAUGGUUAUGAGGUGCAGCACGAUGGUCGCUGUAUUACCGUCUUUUCUGCCCCUCGAUACUGUGACUCGACAGAAAACAGGGGCGCUUACAUUAACAUCGGCCCCGAUUACAAGCUUCAGUACGAGCAAUUCGAUGCCGUGCCCCAUCCCGACAUUAAGCCUAUGGCAUAUGCGCAAAGCUCUCUCAUGUCCUCUCUCAUGUAG